AUGGUCAACAACCGUCAACGCAAAGCUAUUCGCAAAUCAAAGGCAUCGGCUGAAGACCAGGCUCAACAUGAUCGGAUCAAAAACCUUCUAAACACAUUAGCUCCUUUAGACAGUGCCGCAAACCCACCGGGUCAACACUCCAACACUUCGAGCCGUCUGUCUACUUCGAAUAACUCAAGGAAGCGACGAAUUUCUGUACCAGCUCGGAGACAACCAUCUAACACGCGGCCCAAACGUAAUGCAAAGGCGUCCGCUGUUCGAGUUAAUCAUCCCGACAAAGAAGAAGUCGUUUCCAAUCCAUCCUCGCAAGCAUCAACAUCCGGAUCGGCCUCCGACGGACCAAGAAUCAGGGAUCGUCAAGCGCAGGUCAACAAACCUCCAGGAAUUGUGAGACAAGAACCUAUGCGGACUGAUAAUCCUACUCCUAAAAGAAACGCGAAACCGAAACGACCAAUAAAAAAAAUACCAGAAAACAUCGUUCCGGAGCAGGAACCACCUGCUUCAGAAGUUGAGGAUCAAAAUGUUGUCGCUCCAGAAUCUCAGCAACCAGCUCAUGAAGGACCAGAUGUCAGUUCUGAAGUUGCCGCAGCAGUGUCUAUCGUCCAAGCUCAGCAAUCGGCUUUGAUUUUUGCACCACCAACACCAUCGGCAGAGGAUGUCGCAGCUCCCAGAGCAUCAGAAGUCAUUCCACCAUUUGUCUCGGAAGCAUCUGCUCUAACACAAUCACCACCACAACAACCCCAUCAGAAUCAAGCGAUCGCACCAGCGACACCAACAGCAGUGGUACAAUUAGCCGUCGUUCAUCUGGAUCGGCCACAGUGCCCAGUAUAUUUGAACGCCGAGAGAGCUGCUCUUUUCCGAUUGCCUAACAGAUCCAAUAAUUUCCGCACUUGGAAUGCUCGAGAUGUGUACGAAUGGUUGAGAAUGCUACCAAAUCAAUCGGCGGCUUUCAAAGCCUUACGAGAAAAGCUCUUGGAGUACGACGGAUCGGGCGAUUUUUUGAACCAACUGCUCAGUGGUCCAGAGAGCGUUAAAAGUGCGUCUGAGAUGCUCAACGCUUCGAUUCUUCACUGCCACUCUAUCAAAAGGCACGUGGCUGCAUUGGAGAACUUUCUACUGGAGACGGAGUAUAAAGAGGCUGUGCAGAAGUAUGAGCAACGAAAUAAUUAA